UUCAUUUGUCGCCAUGCUCAGUCUCACACCGUAGGGGGUCAGAGGACUCAGGAGUUUGCAGGUCGCCUUGCUGCUGCAGAGGGCGGCGCUGUCCCGGCAGGUGAUUCCUGGAGCUACAAGGCAAAUUUUUAUGAUUUCUGUCUUCUGACUAUUCCUUGUUGUGACUUCAGUUUCAAUGCCGUCCUCAAAGAAACAGAGAAGCUCAAAGAAACAGAAAAUGAGCAAAUUCCGGUUCAAACUGAAAUAUGUUUUACAGGGACCAGUAACAUUCAAGGAUAUUACUGUGGAAUUCUCCCCAGAGGAAUGGCAGUUACUGGAUGCUGCUCAAAGAACCCUGUACAAGGAUGUGAUGCAGGAGAACUAUAGACUUCUAAUUUCAGUAGGCUAUGGGCUAAGUAAGCCAACUGCAGUCUUCAAGUUGAAGCAAGGAAAAGAGCCAUGGAUAUUAGAAAUCAAAUGUCCACGUCAGAAAAAACCUGAAGACAUAUGGAAAAGUCAUGAUCUUGGAGCAAAACACCAGAAAAAUCAACCUGAAAACUCAAGGAAUAAGGAGCACACGAAACCUCAGAAAAUUAAUUGGACAGAACAAACUCAUAAAUGUAAUGAAUGUGGAAAGUUUUUCUACCAGAAGACCGACCUCAUGGUACACAAAAAGUCCUUCUGCAAGAAGAUUGCCAAUUCAAAAGAAAAACCCAGUGACUCCAGUGGGAAGUCUGUCCCUAAUAAUGGAAACCUUACAACAUAUCAGGAAACUCACAGUAGAGAGAAAAACUAUGAAUGUAAAGAAUGUAAGAAAAAAUUCUACCAUCUCUCAUCUCUCAGUAGACAUUUGAGAACUCAUGCAGGGGAGAAACCCUAUGAAUGCAAUCAGUGUGAAAAGUCCUUCUAUCAGAAGCCACACCUGAUGGAACAUCAGAAAACACACACAGGAGAGAAACCUUUUAAAUGUGAUGAAUGUGGGAAAUUUUUUUAUGUUAAAGCAUACCUCAUGGUGCAUCAAAAAACACACACAGGGGAGAAGCCAUAUGAAUGUGACGAUUGUGGAAAAUCUUUUUCCCAGAAAUCACAUCUGACAGUACAUCAACGAACACAUACCGGGGUGAAACCUUAUAAGUGUAAGGAAUGUGGAAAAUUGUUCACUAGAAAUUCACACCUCAAAACACACCAGAGAACUCACACAGGAGAAAAACCCUACGAAUGUAAGGAAUGUGGGAAAUGCUUCUAUCAGAAGUCAGCACUUACAGUACAUCAGCGAACUCACACAGGGGAGAAACCCUUUGAAUGUAAUAAAUGUGGAAAAAACUUUUACUAUAAAUCAGAUCUCACUAAACAUCAGAGGAGACACACAGGGGAGAAGCCCUAUGAGUGUGAAGAAUGCGGUAAAUCUUUCUCUGUGAAUUCAGUCCUCAGGUUACAUCAAAGGACUCACACAGGAGAGAAACCCUACGAAUGUAAGGAAUGUGGGAAAUCCUUCUCUCAGAAGUCACAUUUUAUCAUACAUGAGAGAAAGCACACAGGGGUGAAGCCCUAUGAAUGUCAGGAGUGUAAAGAAACUUUUAGCCUCAAAUCAAAACUCACUGCACAUCAGAAGUCACAUACAAAGGGGAAAAGUUCAUAAGUGGGAUCAAUUAGAAAAUUCUUCUGUCUGAAUUUAUCCUUCAGAACAAUCAGUUUACAGAAGACAGAAACACCCCUUAUGACUAUCACUAUCAGCCAAAAUCUCUCCUCACUAAAAGGAAAUAUCCAGAGAAGUUCUGUAAACCUGUAAAAGAAAAAUUUUUAUCCUAUGUCAGACAACAUAGAUGGCAGUUGCUGUGCCAAUUGUAAAACAUGAAGGAAAUCUUUCAGAAGUCACAGUUUAUUGUACAAUCUAAAAAUCACAGAGAAAAAUCCCAUUAGUGGAAUGAGUGUCAGGAACUUUUUUGGUCAGUACAACACCCAAAGGUUCACAUGAGUGAUAAACUCUUAUCUGUAUUCUCAGCACUCAGAAAGCUUUAUACAACAUUUGGACUCAUAUAAGGUGAUCAAAACAUUACGGUAGACAUAAAAGCUUUUAUUAAGAAGUGAUGUUUCAAUGAAUGUCAUAUCAUUGGUACUAAGACAUAUAUAACCUUCAUGGGUAUCUUAAGUAUGAGCUUUCUAACAAAAAUUCAAGGAGAAUUUUCACCAAGGGAAACAGAUAUAUGAGAAGUCAUGUAGCAGAUCUGACUUCAAGGUGUUUUUUUUUUUUAAAGAAACCUGAAGAUUUAUAAAUAUAAAGAAAAAAAAAAAAAGCUUUCUUAAAGCUUUUUUAAAAGUGCAGAUUAACUGAGUAGUUAUGCAACAUGAUUAAACUGAAAAGUGCUUUAGUAUGUAGGUUUAGUGCAUAUGAGUGAGUUCACUUCAAAGCAUUGUAGGUGUGUGUGUGUGUGUGUGUGUAACCUAUACAUAUUUUAAUGUAGGGAAAUAUGUAACCUUAGUUCAUGACUUAAAUGUAUGAAGAUAUCUCACAUUAAGUCUCAAAUUGACUCCUAGUGUUAGUAUAAAGAAUAAAUAUUCUUUUCAAGUUG